GUGUCACGUGUCCUUUCCGGAACCCUAGAGGCGGAAAUCUCCGAAAGUAGCCGAUCGUCCGGCUGUGCGGACUGAGGACGAAGGACAGAAGAAGGGAGGAAAGAAAAAAAACACUUACACCUUGAGGAGGAGCCCAGUCCUUCCCGGGAACAUUUACUCAGCUACGGAUUAAUUCCUCAGACUUCUAAUGGAAAGACUGCUGGCUUGUAGGAACAAUUUAACGAGGGAUUGCUGCUUUAUAGGGAACACGUAUUGCCCAACAUUGCAGCUGAUCUGUUAUUGAAUUAUCAGAUUUACAAGAAGAUCAACAUUGAUAAACACGAACGGCUCUUUACAUACCCUCCUGCUGCAACACGUCCAGGAGUGCUGAGGCCAAUUGUAGCACUUCAGCUGCCACCUCAGUUGACGUCAGCUAACUGAGUACAGAUCAGGGAUGGGAACUUAUGGUCUGUGUGGAUUUCUCAACGAAUAGGGGCUCCACAUGCAGUGCCACAUGAAAUGAAUAAAGGGCCCCAGCCUAUUGGAGGACCUCCAGCUGCCCCACAUCCCUCCCCUUCUGGGAUUUCUCAGACUGCCUAUCCCUCUGGCCAGACAACUGCUCCAGUAGUUUUUGCAUCACAGCCAGCUCCACAAAUGAACACUCAACCUCAACCACGGCAGUUUGCUGCAGGUCCUCGAGCUUUACAUCAGCAAUACUACCCAAACAGAGCCCAGCAACAGAGUAGUGCUUCCAGGGUUCAGAGUAGUGCAACGACUCGACCUGUGGCCUCUGCUACCCAUGUCUACCCACCUGGUUCACAGACCAUUAUGAUGAUGGCGCAACAGAUACCUACAUAUCCAUCAUCAGGACCUUAUUAUGUUCCUAACCAGUUUCGUUCGUCAUUCGUACAACCAACUCAGCAGUAUCCUGUUCCACCUGGAACUGGAUUUUAUUCAAACCCAAAUCCUGGGGAAUACCCUUUUGGAACCUAUUACCCAGCAACACAGGGUGUGCAACAGUAUUCUGCACCAGUGGCACCACCCACUGUUAUGAUAAAUCCUGCGCAGCCACAAAUGCCGCCUAAAAGAGAACGUAAACAGAUCCGGAUAAGGGAUCCAAACCAGGGUGGAAAAGACAUCACAGAAGAGAUUAUGUCUGGAGGAAGAUCGGGCUCGACACCGACACCGCCACAGCAGUCUGCAAUAGGAAAUAUGGAGGGAGGUGGGAAUGUACAGACCAACGGGGAAAAUCCUCAUCCAGUGCCAGUCAUUAUCCGACCAGAUAAGCCAAAGUCUCCCGCAAUGGCAACUAAACCAGUAGAAGAGUUGAACAAACUUGAGAAAUCUAUUACAUCUGAAAGUAUGGAAAGCAAGCCUGAACUCAACACUAACUUAACAGACUCUGAGGAAUUAUCGAAAGUUCCGGUCACUGAACCAGAUGACGCCAAACCCAGUGUAGUCUCUUGUGAUGUGGCUGUGACAGAUUCUGCACAAUCUGAUGGUGAUAACGAAAUUAAUGUUUUGCCCGAACCUGUAUCUCUGCCACCUGUAGCAAAUGAAAUGCUGAAAAGUGAAGCAGAGAAUGUACAAGAACUACAAAAAGAGGAGGCAGUGAUUGUAGAUGAAUCUAGCUCAAAAGAUUUGGCUGUGGAAAGUAAUGGUGUUAUAGCAGGACAGGUAGAUGAGCCUGGUCAAAAUUCUGAACCUCCACUUGAAACUCCACUUGAAACUCCUCUUGAACCACCGCUUGAACCACUGCUUGAACCACCAUUUGAAAUACCACUUGAAGUUGUUAUGGAUUCACCCAUUGCACAACCUGAAGAACUGAAGGUAUCUAAUGGCCUGGAGCUUUCAACAGAGCAGGAUUCAGAAGUUUUAGAAUCUCAGCGGGAAUCUGAUGUCAGCCCAAUUUCUGAACCUGAAGCAACUAAAACUGAAGAGUGCGCUGUUAGCUUGACAUCUGAGGAGAAGGAAGAGGAGGAUGUUGUAGAAAUUGAAUCACAGGAUGCCUCACCAACAGCUGCUUUAUCCCAGAUGAAUGACAAUCCUAUGCAAGCUGCAGCUGUAUCUGUGCCAAAGAAGAAAAGGAAAUUAAAGGACUUAAACAAGAAAGAAGCAGUUGGUGAUCUUCUAGAUGCUUUCAAAGAGUCUCAAGUAAAAGAACCUGUAGUAGAGACUGAUGCCCAGCCUGCUGCUGUACCUGUUGAAGUGACUGAAGCAGUUGCUUCCACCCGUGAUGAGCCAGAGGAAACAUGGGAAGAAAAGGAGGACAAGCAAGAUGUAGAGAACAUCAAGCCAGAUGGAAUAAAAUUGUUAGAUCAAAAAUAUCAAUAUAAGGAAGAGAAUUGGAAACCGCUUAAUCCUGAAGACAAAAAGAAAUACGACCGAGAAUUUCUUUUGGGUUUCCAGUUUAUCUUUGCCAGCAUGCAGAAACCUGAAGGCCUACCUGCAAUUAGCGAUGUUGUGUUGGAUAAGGCAAACAAGACUCCACUUCGUCCCCUUGACCCAAGCAGAUUGACUGGAAUGAACUGUGGCCCAGACUUCACACCACCUUUUGCUAAUCUAGGAAGGCAGCCGAUCGGAAGAGGCCUACCUUCAGGUAUGGGUGCGAGAAGAUCUCAGCAAGGCCCAAGAAAAGAGCCACGCAAAAUUAUUGCAACCGUCUCUCUAAAUGAUGACAUACAACUUAAGAAAGCAGAACAUGCCUGGAAACCUUCUGUAAAGAAACCAACUGAGGAGGAUGACCCUGAUAUGAUAAAAACUCAGGAGCUGUUCCGAAAGGUUCGCAGUAUUUUGAACAAAUUGACCCCUCAGAUGUUCCAGCAGUUGAUGAAACAAGUGGCAGAUUUGACGAUUGACAAUGAAGAGCGGUUAAAGGGAGUAAUUGAUCUGGUCUUUGAAAAAGCUAUUUCUGAACCAAACUUCUCUGUUGCCUAUGCCAACAUGUGCCGCUGUCUUACAACACUCAAAGUUCCAAUACCAGAUAAACCUGGAGCAACAGUAAAUUUUCGGAAGUUGCUGUUAAACAGAUGUCAAAAGGAAUUUGAAAAAGACAAAGAUGAUGAUGCAGUAAUAGACAAAAAACAGAAAGAAAUUGAUACUGCUGUUACGUCUGAGGAGAAAGCCCGCCUGCAAGAAGAGCUAAAGGAAGCAAGAGAUAAAGCUAGGCGUCGAUCACUAGGCAAUAUCAAAUUCAUUGGUGAACUUUUCAAACUGAAAAUGUUAACAGAACCAAUUAUGCACGAUUGUAUAGUGAAGCUGCUAAAGAACCAUGAUGAAGAAUCACUGGAAUGCCUAUGUAGGUUAUUAACAACAAUAGGCAAAGACUUGGAUUUUGAAAAAGCCAAACCUAGAAUGGAUCAAUAUUUUAAUCAGAUGGAAAAAAUUAUUAAAGAAAGGAAAACUUCAUCUCGGAUUCGCUUUAUGGUGCAGGAUGUGAUUGAUCUUCGACAAAAUAACUGGGUGCCACGAAGAGGUGAUCAGGGACCCAAGACAUUGGAACAGAUUCACAGGGAUGCUCAGAUAGAAGAACAUCAACAGCAGUUAAGAGUGCAACAGCAGCUCCUAUCCAAACAGGAUAAAAGGAGAGGUGCUCCAGGCACCAGUUGUGCUGGUGGCCGAGGAAGUCAAGGCAUUGAUGAAGCUGGAUGGAAUACUGUGCCAAUCGCAAAAAAUAGUAGACCAAUCGAUACUAAUCGGCUAAGCAAGAUUACUAAGCCAGGGGCCAUGGAUUACAGUAAUCAAGUGCUGGCACCAGCAGGUCGACUUGGCGGCUGGGUUAAAGGAAGCAGUGGUGGAUCUGGAAGCAAACCUAAUGACACAGGUGUGGAUUCGGGAAGGCCAGCCACAUUGAACAGAUUUUCAGCUCUCCAGCAGUCAUCGUCUGCAGACAAUUUUGAUGCACGGAGAGUUGUCCCCAGGAGUAGUUCAAGUCGCGAUAGAAGUGAAAAGGGGGAGCGUGAGAGGGGAGACAGAUUUGAAAGGAGUGAACGUCAUGACAGAAAUGAGAAAAUUGAUCAUGGUGAAAAGUGUGACAAAAGUGACCGUGCUGAGAAACUUGAGAGAAGUGAUCGUAACAGACCCCAACUUACUAAGAGAAGCUACAGCAAAGAAGUAGAUGACCGAAGCAGGGAGCGAGAACGACGAAGCUCUCAAGAACCAGUCAGGCGUGUAGCCAGCAUGACAGAAGAAAGAGAUCGAGGACACGUGCGAGAUCAGAGCAGAGAAUCUGUUAAGCUUGAACCGGUCUCUGUAUCUGUGACACCUGAUAAGCCUGCCCUGUCUGAGGAAGAGUUUGAGAAGAAAUCCAAGGCAAUCAUUGAAGAAUAUUUGCAUAUCAAUGAUAUAAAGGAAGCAUCGCAGUGUGUGCAGGAGCUUGAAUCACCCAAGACUUUGCACAUCUUUGUUCGAAGUGGCAUCGAGUCAACUUUGGAGAGAAGUGCGCUAGCAAGAGAACACAUGGGAAUUCUGUUAUAUCACCUUGUAAAAGCUGGUAUUCUGUCAAAGGAACAGUACUUCAAAGGACUACAUGAAAUCCUUGAAAUAGCGGAAGAUAUGGAAAUUGAUAUCCCACAUAUAUGGCAAUAUCUUGCUGAACUAAUUGUUCACAUGCUACAUGAUGGAGGCGUACCAAUGGGAGAUCUUUUCAGAGAAGUGGCCAAACCAUUGAUCACCAUUGGAAAGGCCGGCCUUCUGCUUGCUGAUUUACUAUCUUUACUUUGCAAAGGAAUGAGUCGUAAGAAGGCAGGCUGUUUGUGGAGAGAGGGUGGUCUAAGCUGGAAGGAAUUCCUUCCUGAGGAAAAAGACAUCAACCAAUUUGUCACAGAUAAGAAAGUGGAGUUUACUCUGGGAAAUGAAUCUAGUCAUGAGGAAUCAUCAAGCAAAACUGAAGUAUCUUUCAAUGACUUGUGUGAACGAUUUGAUAAGUUGAUCAAGGAGAAAGCUGACAACCAAAGAAUAUUUGACUGGAUUGAAGCCAACAUUGACGAAAAGCAAAUUGUGUCAUCAGUGUUCAUUAGAGCAUUAAUGAAAUCUGUUUGCCACUCUGCUGUUGUAUUUGAAAACCCAACUCGUGUGGAUACAGAGGUCAUCCAAAACAGAGUAAAGGUCCUAACUAAAUACCUGGAUUCUGAUCCCCAGCGUGAACUGCAAGCACUCUAUGCCCUUCAGGCCUUAAUGGCCAAAUUAGAGCAGCCACCAAACUUAUUAAGGACAUUUUUCGAUGUUUUGUAUGAUGAGGAUGUUAUAUCUGAAGAAGCCUUUUACAAAUGGGAGUCAAGUAAAGACCCAGCUGAGCAACAAGGAAAAGGAGUAGCUUUGAAAUCUGUGACAGCUUUCUUCACCUGGUUAAGAGAAGCUGAAGAAGAAUCAGAAGGCAAUUAGAAAUCAUGAUUGACCGAAGUCAAUCACAUAGCGAACGCAUCAGGCAGAUGAGAACUGUCCUUUGAGUUUUUGCACAAUCAAGUGCUUGGUUCUGAGAACGUCUAUUCAAUAAACCCUUGGUACUUCAAGGUUUUAUCUAUUUUUUAACAUCAGUUCAUGUCUAACAAAUAUAACUAUUUAGAAAAAAAAAUUAGGGCUGUUGAGAUGGUCCUUAAAAUUAGGUGGUUGUCAUGGGCAUAGGAAAGUGGUGGGGAUUUUUGAUUUUUAAUAAAGAAUGGUGGCUACCUUGUUGGUGUUAAAUUACCAACGAUGCAAACAAAUUUAGGGAUUCCAGGAUAUAUCAACUUGGCUUCCCUAAGCUAGAUUUAUUUUGAGGGGAGGGGCACUCAGCCUCUAAACCCUCUGUUCUUAUGCCUAUGAGUUGUAUAAAAGCCUUGAACAAGCCUGUAGUGGAUUUUAAAAAUCAGUAAGAGUUUAACAGUUUAAUUAGACAACGUAAAACAGUACAGUUCCUAGGUGAUUCUACUUAAUGUAGAACAGUUUUAGGACAGUUCUGUAAAUAAAUGUUCCGCAAUACUGCUAAUGUAAUGCCAUGUUAUUUCUGCUGUCUUUGAUAAAGUGCAGCAGUGUCUCCUGUAUUUAUAGAAUUCCUGAGUUCAUAAGGUGCUUGUAAUUAUCAACAAGAAUGAAUCCUUCAUUGAUUACAGUUUAAAAUGAAUGUGUAAAUACUUUUUGCUUUAUUAAGUAUUUAAUUAAAAAUUAAUGCCUCUUUUCACAUCCAAAACUGGAAAAUAAAGAACAUAUUGCAAUGUAAAAA